GGAAAUUUCCACUCAUUCAUUCAAAUUUCCUCAUCGCGGAAGGUGCUGGACAACUUGAAUACUUGAAAAUAUUUAAACACUUCAAAACGAUUUCUGCUCAUUUCUGAGGUCUCUGCAUUAGAAGUCUGCACUUCCUUUACUGCUCACUACAAGAAUCCGUUUCACAACUCUUAUCUGUCUUCACAUCACAGAAGUUUCAUUAUGUCUCAACAGAUCAGCCUCCCUGCCAAACUGAUCAAUGGUGGCAUUGCGGGCGUCGUAGGGGUCACUUGUGUGUUUCCCAUCGAUUUAGCCAAGACCAGACUACAGAACCAGAGACAAGGCCAGCAAGUUUACAAGAACAUGAUUGACUGUCUGAUCAAAACUGUACGAUCUGAGGGAUACUUUGGCAUGUAUAGAGGUGCUGCGGUUAAUCUAACAUUGGUCACUCCUGAAAAGGCCAUCAAACUGGCUGCCAACGACUUCUUUCGGCAUCACCUUGCCAAAGAUGGGAGAGGGCUGUCUGUAUUUAAAGAGAUGUUGGCUGGAUGUGGUGCUGGCAUGUGCCAGGUUGUCAUUACUACACCAAUGGAGAUGCUAAAAAUUCAGCUACAGGAUGCUGGGAGACUAGCUGCUCAGCAGAGAAAGCCAGGCAUCCUCACUCCCAAAAGAUUGGUGGCCACAAACACAGUGUUGAGUCGCUACUAUAACGUCGUGCCCAGCUCUGCUCCCAGGGCUGUAUCUGCUACCCAGAUCGCAAGAGAGCUGCUGCACACUCAAGGCAUUCAGGGUCUCUACAAAGGCCUUGGCGCAACUCUACUGAGAGAUGUGCCCUUCUCAAUUGUCUACUUCCCUCUCUUUGCAAAUUUGAACAAAUUGGGUAAGCCCUCCCCUGACAGCGUGGCGCCAUUUUAUUGGUCAUUCCUGUCCGGUUGUGUUGCGGGUUCCACAGCUGCUGUGGCCGUUAACCCAUGUGAUGUUGUUAAAACCAGACUGCAGUCUCUGAACAAAAGUGCCAAUGAGGAAACCUACAGUGGCAUAAUUGACUGUUUCAGCAAAAUUAUGAAGCGGGAAGGGCCAUCUGCUUUCCUAAAGGGGGCGACCUGCAGGGCUCUAGUCAUUGCACCACUGUUUGGCAUUGUGCAGGUCAUGUACUUUAUCGGGGUUGGAGAGUUUAUCAUGAGCCAGUCCCCUCUAAAGCUAAUAUCUGACUGAACACACCCCAGUACCUCUCCAUGAGUCAACCAAGUGUAUGGCAGCUACACAACCAACUGUACAUUUACAACCAAGAUAAACAUUAAUCAAGAUUGUACAGUUGCCGUGAGAAGGGCAACUUUACACUGGUUAUGUAAGAGUUUUUCUAGCCUUACUGCACUUCCUGUGGUUUACACAGCUUAUUUGAUGGGCUGUGUAUGGCCAGAAUUUGCACUUGUUGGUAAGGAUACGUCUGGACAAGGGCGCUUAAAUGUGCUUCCGUUUUCUAGAAGCAUAUAUGAAAGUGUCCCCUCAGUGAGGGAGACUGGUGUUGUUGUAAUGACACUACAUUCAACAAUUAUAGAUUUUGUUGACUUAUUUUCAUCAAUUCACUUUCUACAACCCUCUUUUUGUAUAUAGAUAUUUGUGUUUUGUUUCCACGUACAAAGAUCCUUUUUUCCUUUCCGUUUCUGUCACUGAUAAGACUUUCAAUGUUUAAACAACUGGGUGCUCAGGAAGCUUUUCAAAGCAUUCAGACUUAAAUUGUUAAUAUUUUUUGGGGGGAACGUCAUAAAGGUCAUGAACUUUCAUUCCAUUAAACACCCGCCAACCAUUUCUGGUCUUGAGAUGGUUUUGGGGAGACUACAAAAAGGCUCCAUGGCCUAAAAUGUGGGAACCAGGAUUACCUUGAUGACUAUCCAAAACCAAGAUGCAUAUAAUUUAUGCAACAUGUAUGUAAUUUUGUUACAUUGACAACACGCAUCUUUUUAAACAGUUUUUUUUUUUUUUAGAUGAACCAGCAAUGUGCUGUUAAUGAAUUCUUUUGCUCUCUGGUAUUUUUAAUCCCAAAGCAAAGGUAAUUUUUUUUUUAUUUCAUGUUGUUUGCCUUAAAUUAACAUGGUUGACAAAACUCUGCACAGGGGUUGGAGGGACUCAAAAGCUAGAUAUUUAAAUGCUGUAUUGUUUUGUCUAUCCAGUAUUAAAAUACCCACAGUAUGUCAAUUCAAUGCAACAUGUAAAAUCAAAUACUAACUCAACAUUGCAAAAAUGAAUAAAAAAUGUCAACACCUUGA